AUUAUCUGACUACUGAAAUAAACUUCUAAUGGGCAAACCCAAAUAAUUUUUCUUGAUGAAACUUCAUUUUUCCAAUAUUAGAGAAUAAGCAGAACAAUGGAUGCUAAAAAUUAGCCAAAAAGAGUACAAUAUUAUCGUCCUUAAGUACAACUACUUUGAUAAGAGCUAUUAGUAUAAAAGGGUUUUUAGGCUAUCAGAUAGUGAUAGGAAAUAUUAUGUUUAAGUAAAACAAUAUGUCAGAAGUGGGAGCUUUUAUAGUGAAUUGUAGAUCUGUCUUUAAUUUCUCCCAAAUUCAAAAAUUUAGAAACAUUUUUAUGUACAAAAAGAUAAUGAAUAUCAAAACAAUCAUGUCCAUGUUGAUGAUCUAUAUCUAAUUUAAACUUAGAUUCGAAUUUUCAAUGUAUGUGCAGUCCAGGUUAAUUCUGGAACUAAAAUAGUUUCUAAAUGUUUUUAAACAUGUUUAACUUGUAUCAACAAUUAAUUUCAUUGUCUGAGUUGUGAAUAAAAAUUAAAUCAAAUUUUAAUAAUAAUAAUAGAUGUGCGUGUACAGACAAUUAUUUUGAAAGUGAUAGUGAAGCUUGAAUUUCAUGUUUAGAUUAAUUGGAUAAAUCAUAAGAAAUUUGUAAAUACUAGGAUUGUAAAGAUUAAAUUUGGAAAUAUGGAGAAGAAUGUAAUGAUGGAAAUUAUAUAAAUAGAGAUGGUUGUUCUAAUUGUAAGAUUGAUUAGAAUUACUCUUGUUCUAAUAAAAUACUAUAAUCGAUUUGCUUUUAAUGGUUGAAU